AUGUUGUCAUAUAUAAAUAAGUUGUCCACCACAUCAGACACAGCGGAGAUGAAAUCUGCUCUAAGGGCUACCAAUGACUUCAGGGUCAAGCCAAAAUUGUACAGUAAAAACUAUAACCGACGGGCGAGUUGCCCACCAGAAGCGCUCAGCUCAUUGGGAGAUUCUACACCAGAGGACAGAAGACUGUAUGACACACGAGUGAAGAUAAACAUUAGUGGAAAAAAGUAUGAAACUCUUUAUUCAACAUUGGCGAAAUUUCCGAACACCCUUCUUGGAAAUCCCGCUAAAAGACAGCAAUACUUUGAUCAAACGAGACAAGAAUAUUUUUUUAAUCGGAAUCGCAAUGCUUUUGAUGCAAUCCUGUUUUAUUACCAAUCGAAUGGUCUCCUCACGCGACCGAAUAACAUCAGAUUACAAGAAUUUUGCGACGAGCUGAAAUUUUUUCAAAUCGAGGAAGAAAUUGUCAGUGAAUUCAAACGAGACGAGUGUGGGAUCGAAGAUGAAGAUGAUGAUGAGGAAGUCGUUCUGCCAUCAAAUGUUAUAUUAGCGAAGCUUUGGCUGUGGUUUGAGUAUCCCAAGUGCUCCAAAGUUGCUAAACUUUUUGCGGUUUUCUCCGUUACUUUCAUCGUAAUUUCUAUCUACGUUCUAUGCGCGGAGACACAUUUUAGAGGAUCCACAGACUCAUCUAAAUACAAGGAGGAACCCCCCACAUCAAUGCGCAUUUUGGAAAAAGUUUGCAUUUCUUGGUUCACUUUAGAAUUUAUCCUGCGAUUGAUUUCAUGUCCAAACAAAUUGCGAUUCAUCCUCGACAUCUUGAAUUUGAUAGACCUAGCCGCUAUUCUGCCAUACUACUACUUCGAGCUCUCUUUGAGUGAAUCUAAAAAUGACAAAAAUAUCGACGCCAUAAGACUUUUAAGAGUUCCCAGGUUGUUAAAACUAACCCGACAUCUGGAAGAGCUCAGAGUUCUCGCCAAAACAGUGCGCUCCACUUGGCGAGAACUUGUCAUGAUCUUGUUUUUUAUUCUCAUAACUACCGCUAUUUUUUCUGGGUGGACAUUCUACGUAGAAUAUGAGGAGCAAAAGGAGUCGUUUUCCAGUAUCCCCGCUACAGCUUGGUUUGUGAUAGUUUCGAUAACAAAUGUCGGAUACGGGGAUAUGAUUCCAAAGACUCUAAUGGGGAAGCUGCUCGGUGCUAUCUGCACUAUAGCAGGUGUGUUGGUAAUAGCAUUACCUGGUACUGUAAUCGUCACGAAAUUUCGUCUAUAUUACGAGAAAAAAAAGAGGAAAAAAUUAGCCAGUUACAAAUUUUAGUGUCAUUUGCUUCAAGGUACGAAUCAUUGUGAAUUACACGCAGCGCUCUAGCGUUCAUCAUCAAAGUGCGUGGGUUGUCACUAAUAAAAGGACGCGCAGAAUAAUUAUGAAUAAAGAAAAACGUGUUAAGUAUAACUGGAGCUCGUAAUUAGACAAAGAAAAAAUAUCUCAUGUUUUUUCGAUGGCAUCAGAACUUCGAAAUAUUAUCUUUUCAUAACAAGUUGCAAGUAGACAUCAAUUUUUGGCUUGUAUUACACCGGAACGUUUUACAGAUUAAAAAAUCAACCAACAGCUUUCCUCUUAAUAGAUUACAAAAAAUCCGCUAUCUUAAGACAUAUUUUAUAGCUUGGCUUUUCCAUUUGGUCGAAUCUUUCAGACUAAUUCGCUAUAAAGUUAUACCGAUAAUUUGCUUGAAGUGAAACUGGAUACGUAGCGAAUUGCGCUUUUUUUCUGCCGUAUGAAGCAAACAGACAAAUGAAGUUUAUAUUUCGACUCACAUAAUGUAAAAAAAUAUCAUAUGUAAAUAAACUCAAUCGUCUUUGUUUUAUUCAAAUUUUCCGCUUGCUCUUUGUGAUUGGUUGAACCAUUGCAGCUGGAGAAGCUAGAAGACCGGCAAAGACUCCACCCACCCCACCCUUCCUAAUUUUCCUGAAAAUAGUCACCCAUGACCACAGCUUACUAAACUGACAGAUGAAACAGAAGAAGAUAUGACAAUUAAUACUAUAUAGUAUUACUCUAUUUCCGCUUUAUUAAAACUCGGUUUCCGAAACUAGUGCAGAGUUGAAUAUUCAAGAAACAUGUCUGAGAUUUCAUCCGGCGUAACAUGAAAAAAAAAGUAAAAUCGAAAUUUUUCUUGAUGGAAAAAUAUAACAUCGUAAGCUUGACACCGCCAAGUUUGUCUUAAGGCUUGACUGUAAGAUUUCUUACAAAUUGUAAUCUAUUCUCCGGAAAUAAAUCCCUGAUAAAAAGAGAAGUCUAAAGCGCCAUUUAUUUUUGUUUCACGAUCAAUCCAAAAAUUAAUUUGAUGAAUCCAUCCAUUUUCUCACUUCCAGUGAUCACAAGAAUUAAGAGUUACUUUGAUUAAGCAAAAAGGUUAGGUGGCUCUGAACCCCACAUUUUCUUUCGCCUCGUUUUCAUAGCACUCUCAGGCUCGGCUGCUAAGCAUUUUGUGUCUGGCUUACACAAAGUACUAACGAAUCUCCAGUGUUGAUGCAAGUGUCUUUCACUAAUAAAAUUUCGAAGAUGCAGGGCUCCAGGAAAGCUUUUAUUUUAGUUUUGCUUUAUGUUCUUGGAUUAUCGAUAUCCUCUUCAAGACAUGUUGAAGGUAAGAUUAUCUUUUAUCGAAAAUCACGAUCUACUAAUCGCUUUAUCGGUCGACCACGCAAACUUUCGCGCAAUAUUGUACUUGUAAACAAAACAUUGUACCAGCUCAGAAUCGAAGUCCACCUAAGUUGAAGUCAAUUUCGAUAUCAUUUUACAAAUCCUUCGAAGCACGAGGAAACGAUUCGUUUAUUAUGUUUUGUUUAUGUCAUCAUAUAUUUUUUUUUUCAUUUGAAAGCUACAUUAUACGUAAAUUGGCCGUAAUUAAGCUAAGGCGGAUGAACGCGACUUCAAUAAUUUUAAGCUUAAGGUCAAGAAUUUAAGUAAAAAUUUUGUUGAAUUUAAGUCAAGAAUAUAAUUCAGUGGUUUAAAAUGUAACAAUAGAAAAAGAAGUGUCUAAAAUGGAUUAAAUAUAUUUUAUGCUAGUUUACACACUAAUAAAUUACUGUAUUAAGCAGAGGCAAAUGCACAGGGAAUUUUUUGCUUGCAGUUUGGAAUCUGUGGGUUAUUUAACCUCUGCCUCACAAAGUGCCGUGAAAAUUAGACUCCUGCAUUCAGACUCAGCAUUAUUUGAGAUGCAAUAGCCUAAUCACAUUUGCUCAAAAGUUACACAUACAUGGGCUGUGACUAAAAGUGGGAUGGGGACGUGGGACUCGGGGACGUGGGACGAGGGGACUCAGGGACACGCAGGGACUUGGGAACGUGAUAAACAAACAACACCUGGUAUUUGCGCUGAAUUUGUGGAGUAUAAUUUCUGGUGAUCUUGAGAAAGCUAUGAUAUGCUGGAGAGCUUGUUAGUUGUAGCUGAUGGUUUUCAGCAUCCAUGGUUUGGCCAGACAUGUUUGCUUGCCUAUUUGACCAUGAGAACUCUGGGUACAGAAUAGUUUCAAUGCAGGGGGUCUUGAAACUGUUAAAAACGUCAUGGGCAGCUAUAGAGGACUUUCCUGGUAAGUAACUCUGUUUUCUUCUCAAUCUUUUAACAUCUGUGCCUUAUUCUAAAACACAGUUACUUACCAAGAAAGUCCUCCAUGGCUGUCCAUGAUAUUUAAAACCCCCUGCUUUUAAACUAUUCUGUACCCAGAGUUCUCACAGUCAAACAGGUGAGCAACACAUCUGGCCAAACCACAGAUGCUGGAAAUCAUUGGCUACUACUGACAAGCUCUCCAGCAUAUUAUACCUUUCUAGAGACCACCAAAAAUUAUACUUUACAAAUUCAGCACAAAAAUCAGGUUUGUUUAUUAGGUCCCCGAGUCUCCACGGGUCACCGCGUCCCAUGUCCCCGAGUCCCACAACUCCGAGUUCCACGUCCCCAAGACCCUGUGUCCCGUGUCCCACAUCCCCAAGUCCCACAUCCCCAGUCCCGGUCCCCACGUCCCCAUCCCACUUUUAGUCACAGCCACAUGCAUGUACAAUUUUCAAACACAACUCAGUAAUUUGUGAUUGUAGCUCAGUAAAUUGGGAUUGCAACCUUAUAAUUUGCAAUUGGAAGAUGGAAACAUGCAAUAGCAUUUUAUUGACUUCAGACAGAAACUCAGUGGCCUAAGAGUGUGAGUUAUUAACAUGUGAUUGCAAGUUGGUAACAUAUGAUACUUUAAGUUAGUAACAGCUUUGCCAAAGUGAUGGGAAAAAGCUGGUGUGCAAGCUUAGAAAGCUAGUAUACUGUGAAAAUGAGAUGAGUUGCAUUUUGAGGAUCUUUUUUCAUCCAAGCAGUCAGUUUACACUUUGGAAGUUGAAAUUAUCUUAGGUUGCUGCUUAUCUCAGCUCUUUAAGCUAUGGACUGAUUAAAAAACAAAAAUAAUUACAAAUGUUGAAAACCUAUCCAUAUUAAAGUAGCAUUAAGUAUGAAACAUGACAGACAGCUUAUUCAACAAGAACAAAUACCCUGACCAUGCUUUUUUGAAAAAACAACCUACAAUGAUGACUUCAUCUGAUGAAGCACUCUCUGAUCUACUGCAGGUAACUAAACAAAUGACACUGCAACCUGUAUGACUACAGCAACUGAACUGUACGUAGAGUGCAUGUCUCUGAACAUCUCUUACAACCCUUCAAUGCCCAAGUCACCCACAGACUCAGUACUUUGCAGUGAAAAGAACUGUCUUUGUUGUCAACCAAACAAUAACAUGAACUUACCAUCUCUCUUAUUUCUAUCUACAAACAUUAUGCUAUCAAAAUUGCUAAUCCUUGCAGUAUGCAGGAUGUGUCAUGAACUUCAUAAUAGACCUCGCUCACCAUGGAGUCUCUUUAGCUCCGUGGUAGAGCACUGAAGUACGAAAUCUGAAGGUCUGAGGUUUGAUUCUUCAUGGGGACUCAGAAUUUUUUCUUUGUCCCAUGCUCGUGACAAGAAGAAAAAACAUCUUUCUCUAUUUCUUUACUGAGUUCAAAAGCUUACCAUCUCGCUUAUUUAGAUCUAAUAACAUGAUGUUAUCAUAAAUCUGAUAUUGUUUAGAUCCUAGGGAAUAUGAAGAUGAGGAAGCGGAAGAGGAGGAAAUAGAGGAUGUUAGGGACUCAGAGGAUGAAGAAGAACCAACAGAUGAAGAAGACCAAGACGACGGUUACAACCAAGACAGUAGAGAAAGAGCUGAGGAUGAGGAAGAAGUGAAUAUACCCGGCAGAUCAGUGGAUGAUAAUGAGGUGGCUGAAGAGGAUGAAGAUGAUGAUGAAGGUUACAGUGAGGAAGAAGAAGAUGAGGGGAAAAAUUCAGAAGAUCAUCGAAUGAUGGACGGUGAUGAAGGAGGAAUCCCAUUGCCUGAUGAUGAUGAUGUCGAAGUGUAUUCACCAGAGCAAACUGGAAUGGAAGACUUUGAAAGAGUAAGUUUACUCAUUACUGUGAAGAUUUCAUAUUCACGAUAAGUUCACUAUUGCAAAACAAGAUAUUUGGAAAACUUUUUUGAGCCACUAGGAACUUAAGACAGAUGAUGGUAUCAAAUUAAAUUGGCCCCUAAGAGUGAUUAACAUCUUAUUUCUCCUUACACUAUCACCCUCAAAUCACACAUACUGGGUAUUAGAAUAAAGGAAACAAUUGCCAAGUGGAAGAAGCUCUCAAUAUUCUCCUUGUCAGCACCUUAGGAAAUGUAUAGAGAACAGUAUGGAGAAUAUACAUACUGAUGUUAGGGUUAAGGAAGAGGUUAAGUAGGUCAGGCUUAUAAUAGUUUAAGCUGACAAUGACAGUCAGAAGAAUGGUUGAGGCUUGAAGCAGGUGAAGGAAAUGAGGAAAUUAGUGGCCAGGAUUUCCAAUUUUGAGGCCUUCGUAUUAUAAGUGUAAGAUUUUUUUGAGAAUUCUGCUUCUCUCUUUGUUUUUCAGAGAGUUAAGGAACUCCACAAAGCAAAUGAGAAUAUGCAAAUGACAAUAGAUGAAAUGGAAAGGAAGAUUGAUGAAGCCCUCUCUUCAAACAAUGAAAAUGGACCUGUAAGUAAUGUGUGACUUAGAACUUCGGCUGCUAUUUUUAGUGUUAACAAAUUUCUUAACCAGACACAAAAAUGGGACAGUGUAGUAAUUAUGUUGAGGAAUGUUUUGCUAGAAAAAUAGUUUUUUACUAGCAUUUGGUGCCAUGGCUUUCUAAUCUGAUUUGUAGUGACUCACUUUAAAUGUUCAAGCAAGUGAUUGCCAUUUAUGCAUAUAUUUUCAAAUGUUGCUUUUACAUUUGUGUUAUCAACAGGAGAAAGGUACAAAAUAUCAGGGAAUGUUCUAUGGAAAUGUUUUUCUUUACAUUUUUGUGGGCCAGUUGAUUUUUCUGUAAACAAAGAAAACUGCCAUCUACAGUUAUUUGUAGACUUAGGACAGUAUGACUCCUGUUUAGAUUGCAGAGCUGUUUAAUAUUAAUUACACAAUAAUUCAUUCCAUAAGUUUUUGUCCCUCUGGUGUAUAGGGCUCAUCUGAUACCUCAGUAGACCGUAAAAUAGUGGUAGAAGGUGAUGGAAGCUACAAGGACAGAUACUCAACUUUUAACAAGGAUGAAGAGGAUACACCUAGACCCCUCCAACAAGCUGAUGCACCACAGGAAACUUCUAGGGGUGAUGCUAAGGCAGUAUUCAGAGAUUGGGGAAGAUACUAAUGCAGUUCCUGAUGAAGAUUAUUAAAAUAGAACUUAAGGGUGUUGGUAAUUUGUAAUAUCAUUUUAUGAAAUGGUGUUUAUGCCACAGUUUUUACUCUCUUUUAUAAAGUAAAAGAAUUGUGGUUUGGAACAUGGAGGCUUAAGACCAUGCAGACACUUAGAACCGAUCCAGUCCAGUUACCUUGUGGUGAGAUACACCCUGGUCUGCAUGCUUCCAGUUCUAUUUGUGUUUGUUUUUAAUUGGUUUUUGUUCUUUAGUUUGAGUAACACAAUAGUGCCCAGUGUUGAAACCAUCUGUUUGCUAAUGUUGCAGCCAAGGAAAUUCACCCAAAUUGCAGAAAAAAUUAUAACUGAAAUUUCUGUUUUUAUGGAAAAUUUCAAGUUUUGGGAAGUGAAAUUUGUCUGUGUGCAAGGCCUGUCACAAUUUAUCAUGUAUGUAGUAGAACAGAUGAUUGGAUCCAAACUCCUCAUCUGCUGUUGAACAUGUCUUUCAGGCACAGAUAACCAUCAGGCUUUGAGUAAUUGUUGUAUGUUGUUGCAUGAAAUGGACUCAUCUAUCAAGUCUACAUCUGCAUUUAGAGUACAUAAUGAUCACUUUAAUCAAUGUAUCAUCACCGAAAUGAGUAGAGUAUGAUCUUGGUUACAGCAGUCUGCAAUUGUAUGUUGGAAGAAAUCCAAGAUUUAUUUUGUUUUUCUUUACUUUGCUUGAAGAUCAAUCCAGACAACUUGCACCAUUUUCACUCCAUUAGAGACAAAAUUAAAACCAAUGGCAACUUUUCUCCAUUUCCUCUUACAACUUACUUGUUUUUUACUUCUCUUUUCUAUUGGUGUUAAUUUCCUUUGCUUUGAUUGGCUGAUAUGUUGUAUAUUUGUACGAUUUGCAAUACUCAGCUGAAAUGUGCAUUUUUUCCAACUUCCUUUUUUUGCUUUGCAUAACUUGUAAUCGGUGGAACUAUCAAUUUUUUUAAAACUUUUUUUUAUUUUAAGUAGUUAAAAGGAUACAUGCAAGUUUAUAAAAUAAGUGAGAUGGUGCAAGCAGCCUGAUUUGUCAAAAUCCUGACAUUUGUUGAUCCAGUUAACCCCUAGUUUAUCUAAUAAUAGCAGUAGACCACACUCUCUAUCAGUUUAUAUAUGUGUGAUCUACAGCUGUAAAUUGCAUUUAUUGUAUAUACAUACAUCAGUUUACAUUAUGACAUCAUGAAUACUACAUGAACAAGACUAAGGAGUUAAUUUAUGUGCUCAUCAGUUUGUUGCCUUUGUGGCUUAAAAUGCUUAAAAGUAAAUUUUAUCUUUAGUAAAUGUAAUAUUUUGGAGUUUUAUUUGACUCUUAACCUUUGAUACUCAGGAUUGUGGUACAUAUGUAUAUUUCCAUUUCUGUUUAUUGAAUUUUCCAUCCAUUGAUUUCAUUUAGUGGUGGGGAUUCUUUGGCUCACCAUUCACAAUUACAGGAAAAAGCUUAUGAUUAAGAUAGAAAAUUUUGAGAAAGACCAACUUUUCAUAUAGAUGAUGGACUCCUAAAGAUGGGUAAAAAAAAGCUAAAAUAAAAUAACUAUUCAGCAAGGACAUAAAUUAUAAGUUGGCCCAAUAAUUGAAAGCAGUGGGCAUAAAAGAGUAUAAUAACAUAUUACAUAUGCAGCAAUUUAGCUUAUAACAGGUUUUGGGGAAAAUUAUAAAUAAAGAUGUUUUUGGGAAUAAAGAAUUUGUUAGCCAAUCAUUUGUUUCAAAAUGUGUGAAGUCUUGCUAGCAAACACUUCUCAUCUACAUGGAAGUCCAACAGAACUGAAAAAAGUUACUGUUCAUUUGUCAAGGACAAGAAGAUUUCCCCCCUUCUUUUGGUGAAACUGGCUUGUCUGUUGGCAUAGCAGCAGACAAGCCAGGUUUUUUAAACCCCUGAAUCUCCAGAGAAUCACUAGACUCGAGCUACUUUUAAUGUCUUUAUUUGUGACUGCUUGUGAGCCCAUACCUAUGCCUCUGGAGUUAGGGUGGUGAACUUUAGGUGGAAGCUUGGGUUCAAGAGUUGGCCAGGUCAUAUUGUUGUGCUCUUAGGAAUAACAUGUUACUCUCACAGAACAACCCUCUACCCAGGAGAAAACGGUUACCAUCAAAUUAUCAGGCUUAAUGAAAUGUUAAGGGGGUAACCCUGCAAUGGAAUAGUCCCACAUCCAUGGGACAGAGGGGGU